CUAUUCAGCCACCUACCAGCUACCUGGCUAGCUAGCUAGUUAGCCGUGGAUCACCUGGACCAGGGCGCGAGGAGAAAGGCGAGUCAAGAAAUCAAGAACGACCCAGUCGUGGUAGAAUUGAGCGGUGGGUAUAGGGCUGUGCGGCGUGUAUACGACGACGAUUAAAGGGAGGUGUUGUGGCGAAGAGUAUAAGUGACGACAGCGCAACAAGAUAGGGCAUCCCAUCAGUGUCAGUCAGGAUCCAUACAUGGGCUACGACCAUCACCAUCACCACCACCAACAACAACAACAUCACUACGAUUACCACCACCAACACCACCAACCGCGCAUGCACGUACCUACGUCUGCACCCGUCGACAGCGCCAUCAAGCUUGGCGAUUCGAACGACACGAGACGAAGGCGACAAGACGAGAGACGACAGGGCGACAGUGUACCUGCAUACAGUCUGCGACCGAAAGGCAGCAGGCGAUUGAAUUCGAGUUGAGUUGCGAGUGAGGAGAAGAGUGAUUGGAAAGUGAAGGUUGAGGUUG